AUGUCCAAAGGGUACUCUAGUUUCAUCUGGAAGUGUAUCCCACAUGAAAGAGAAGUUGUUGACUUACCAGAAGUUGAUGAUCUAGGAUCAGAUUACAACUCAAUAAAUUUUGAAAUUGAUGAAACUAGGGAUAAAUCUGAACCUAUUAUUGAAUAUAGAGAUGAAGCAAAUAGACCAUGGUGGAAAUUCUUUGAUGAAUAUGAAUACAGGUACAAUAAGUUUGCAAGAAACUCCACUGUUGAAUCACCUCAAGAAAAAUCAAAAGCAGAAAGAAGAUUAGUUAGGAAAUUAGAUCUUACAAUAACUUUAUUUGCCAUCAUCUCAUAUUGGUCAAAGAUGCUUGAUCAAACAAAUAUUAGUAAUGCUUAUGUAUCAGGUAUGAAAGAAGAUUUGAACAUGCAAGGAGAUGAUUAUUCCAAUGCAACAGCAGUUUUCAGUUAUGGUUCUAUCCUGUUCCAAGCUUUUUAUAUGUGGUUAUUUCCUCGUGUUGAUAUGCAUUUAUUAUUCUUUAUUGGUGAUGUUUUUUGGAGUGCGAUAACUAUAUUAACUGCAUGGGUUGAUACACCAAAACAAUUGAUGUGGUGUAGAUUUUUAGUUGGUGUAGGAGAAAGUGGAUAUUUUAUUCAAAUUCAUUAUCUUUUAGGAUCUUGGUUUAAACCUGAUGAAUUAGGAAGACGUGGUACUGUUAGUAGUGGUAUUAUUCAAGCUUGGAUUUUCCAACAUUUGAAUGGUGUUAAUGGAAGAGCUGGUUGGAGAUGGAUGUUUUUAAUUGAUGGUGUUGCCACAAUGACUAUUGGAUUCUUAGCAUUAUAUAUGGUUCCAGGUACACCAUACAAAUGUUGUUCAUUAUUUUUAACAGAUGAUGAAAUUAGAUUAGCAAGAACAAGAUUGAAAAAGGCAAAUAUUAAACCACCUUCAAAAGAUCCUCCACCUUUUUUCGAUAAACAAAUUUGGAAAAAUAUUUUAUCAAGUUGGAGAGUUUAUAUAUUGAGUUGUUUGAAUUUCUUUUUUUGGCAUACAAGUAGUACAGGUUUUUCAAAUUUUGCAUUAUGGUUAAAAUCAUUGAAUAGAUUUGAUACACCAUCAUUAAACCGUAUAACUUCAAUUCCACCGGCAUUAGGUCUUAUAUGGAUAUUAUUAGUUUGUGGAUCAGCUGAUUGGGUUAGAUCAAGAGCUUUUGCAAUAUUUUGGGCAGAGAUAUUUGUGUUUAUAGGAACUUCGAUCUUAGCAAAAUGGGAUGUUGCAGAAGGACUUAUAUGGUUUGCUUUUAUGAUUAGCUAUUUUGGUAUUUCUGUUAGCUCAGUCGUUUACGGUUGGUUGAAUGAUAUUAUGAGAUAUGAUCCACAAGAACGUUCAAUUGUUUUAUGUCUUGUUAAUAUGUUUGCCAAUACUACGAGUGCAAUUGUAAUUCCAAAGAUGUAUAAAACUUCAGAAGCACCUGAAUAUCAUAAUGGGUAUACAUAUUCAAAGACAAAUAGUGCAUUGUUGAUGAUUUGGAGUUAUGUUACAUUAUGGUUCUAUAAGAGACAAGAAAAAAGAGAUUCAAGAUCAAAUGGUAUAGUCUUGUAUAAUUCCAAGACUGGUUAUAUUCCAUUAGAAGCUCAACAGUAUAUCGAAGGUGAGAAUGAAAGAAGAGCCUCUGAUGGAUCGUUGAGUUCCAUUGGAAAGAAUACUGCAACUGUUGAAAUUAGAAGAUCUUCUCAAUUCUCUGAUGAUGUGUGA